ACCAGCUACACCCUGAUUAUACUCCCAUACAGCUCCAUCGUUCGCCGGGAGAGAAGCCGGCGCACCGUUCAAUUUCAUCCCACCCUUCCAAGUUCGUCGAUCCCGGUCGGGCCGCCGGCUCGAUGGCCGCCGUGAAGAAGGUGGUGGUGAAGCUGGACCUGCAGGACGACACGCGGAAGCGCAAGGCGAUCAAGGCCGUCUCCACUCUCUGUGGUAUCGACGAGAUCGUCCUGGACAUGAAGUGCGACAAGAUGACGGUCGUGGGCACGGUCGACCCCGUCGACGUCGUCUGCAAGCUGCGCAGGCGCUUCUGCACAGUGCAGGUGGUCUCCGUCGGCCCGGCCAAACAGGAGGAGGAGAAGAAGAAGGUCGCCGUCGACCCGGCCAAGGAGGAGGAGAAAAAGAAGGAGGUCUCCGUCGGCCCGGCCAAGGAGGAGGAGAAGAAGAAGGACGGCAACACGAACGACGCGGGCACGCUCGUCCCAGUGUACCUGCCGUGCAACCUGCCGCACUGCUACCCGCCGCCUCAGCACCCGCACCCGUGCUGCUACUUCGUCCACACCGAGGAGGGCCCCAACGCGUGCGCCAUCUGCUGAUCGGCGCGCAUUUUUGUAGCCGGCCUGCAUGCCAGCCGAUUGUUCGGGACUCAUCAGCACCGGUGAUCGAGGGCGUGCGCUAUGUAUGUGGCCGUGCGAGCUAAAUACUGCACCGGUGAUCCGCCAACUACCUCCGCAUCCGCUGAGCUUGCCUGAUACGGAAUUACGGUGUGGAGAAGAACUACAGUAGUAAAUAAAACUGCUGCAUUUGGUUUUUAAAA